GUGUAUAUUCAACAUGGCCGCCGGUGUGAAAGAAGUAGAUACGGUGGAAGAUUUCAAUAAAUUGCUGACUGAUGCCGGCGGCAACCUGGUGGUGGUGCACUUCGCUGCCCCCUGGGCUCCGCAGUGCCAGCAGAUGACGGAUGUGAUGGGGGUGCUGGCCAAAGACAACCAGCUCAGUCAAGUCAGGUUUGUGCAGCUUGAGGCAGAGAAAUUAGCUGAAAUUUCUGAAAAGAACAACAUCAUUGCUGUUCCAACAUUCAUAUUUUUCAAGGGUGGCAAAUCGGUAGAUAGGUUAGAUGGUGCCAAUACUGGAGAUCUCACAAAGAAAGUACAGAGUUUAUCAAAAGGUGGCGCUGUUGCCGCGCCUCCACCACAGCCACAGAAACAGGAUCUAAACACACGUUUAAAGCAGUUGAUCAACUCCGCCCCUGUCAUGUUGUUUAUGAAAGGGAAUCGCCAGGAACCUCGAUGUGGGUUUAGUCGGCAUAUAGUCGGCAUAUUACAGGAGAAGAACAUCAGUUUCAGCACCUUUGAUAUUCUAUCAGAUGAAGAAGUUAGACAAGGCCUGAAGACGUUCUCGAACUGGCCAACCUAUCCCCAACUGUAUGCCAAUGGAGAGCUUCUGGGUGGCCUUGACAUUGUGAAAGAACUGGUUGAAUCAGGAGAGCUUGAAUCUCAGCUGCCGGUUCAGGUCAAACUGGAAGACAGGUUGUCCCUACAUGUGGACAAGUCCACCCAACCCCUUGCUCAGAGCACCUGUCAAAAACCCUCUCCCAUGUGCUGUGAAAGUGUCAGCCCAUCAGAAAGUUCGUCACAAAGACUCUCGUGUUCAGAUGAGGACAGUUUCGGGGAAUUUUACAGUGACAUAAACAAAAAAAGUGAUCUGAAUGAUGAAAACCUUAAUGAAAGAGAUUCUUCUGAGGACUCCUGUGAGGAGGAAGAUGAAGAGGAGGAUCAGUCUCUCCCUCUGUGGCUUCAGGAUGAACUGAAUGAUACUAACACAACUGAAACGCCAUCUAACCGGAGGGGGAGGGGAAAGAGAGGUAGAACUGCUGCUGCUCGGAGAAAGAUCCAGAAACUGCACCAGAGAGAACGGAGAGCUCUGAUCAGAAGUGAUCCUUCUCUAUUAUCUGCACAAAGAGAGAAAGAACGUUUCCGACAAAUGAUGAUUAGGCGUAGAGAUUCGCUCAUUUUGUCCCUACCUGUCGACCCAAGUAUGUCCAUUCAUGAAGCUAACAAGAUGUUGAUGGAACAACAAAGGGCAGCUGGUGUUCCGGAAGAGGAUAUCACCUCCCUUCAGAUUGGACGGGAAAAUUUCCACACCAUCGGUGAGCUGAAACGCAAGAUCGAGGGAAAGAGGGCAGUAGAUAGAGAGAGGACUCGAAUGAAACGUGCUCAGCUGGAUGAGAAUAUGAAAGAGGGCAUGAAGAAGGCAUGCAGAGAAAGGAUGCGAGAGAAACGAGCACGUCUGAGAGAGUGUGACCCAGCUGCUGCAGCUGCUUAUAGAGAAAGAGAGAAAAUACGCAAAAGAAUAGAAAGGCGGAGGAACGCCAUGUUGCUGUCACUGCCAGAUGAGAGUCUUCUGAACCCUGCCCAGGAAACCAUGGAAGAAUCUAGUGAACUCCCACCUGCUCUGCCCUUGCCACUGGCACCAGAGUUCUCAUCAGCUUUGUUGGUUCUAAGAGGAAACCUAAUGCGAAAGAGGCAGGAGCAGAAGGAGAGAGUCCGGCAGAGGAGAGCAGAGCUACGGGAGAAACAUCCAGACCUUGCUGCUGCUUUGAGAGAGAAGGAGAGGAUCAGGAAGAGAAUAGAGAGGAGGAGGAACAAUCUGUUGCUAAAUCUUUCCCCUAAUGCUCUCCUUCAGGCAACCCACUCCAUUUUAGGGCAGACGGAGAAUGGAUGCAUGGACAGAUUACACUCUGUAAUGAAUUCUGGAUUGGAUGUUCCACAGUCUUCUCAGCAGACCUUGGAGCAGCACUCAACUCCUGGGUUGAAGGAAGCUUCAGAGAAGGACCUGCAAUCAAGGUUGUCUGCAGAUCCAACAUCGCCUACAUCUUCAGAUGGCUCUUUCAAUUCUUCUUUACAAGAUUCUGUUUCCCCUGAUGCAGGCAAUAUGAACUGGAUAUCAAACAUAGAGAAACUGAAGAAGAAUGCAGAACAUAAGAAAGAAUAUAACAAAGAGAGAAUGCGCCUGAAAAGGGCCAGAAUAAAGGAAGAUCCUGAAGCAUUUGAAGCAAUGAAAGAAAGAGAACGAAUUAGAAAAAAACAUGAAAGGUUAAAAAAGAGAGGCUUGCUCUCUGAUAUUAAUGAACCCUUAACAUUUAGCUAUGAUGUUCCCCAGUCUAUGCCAUUAUCCACCGCAACAGUCUCCAGCUGCACAGACAAUGAAGGGUGCCAGUCCGAGCAAGCAGCAGGAGAAGAUGGUAGCUCUGAUAGGCUGACAAUCAAAUUGGAGCCUUCAGAUGUGUGGACCGACUCAAGCCCUGCUUUACAACAAAAACCAACCAGUCAGUGGCAGCAACAUUCUUUGACCUUAAAACCCCCUGAGGACAUUAGUAUGAUGAAGGAGGGUUAUGUUGAUAGGGAAACCCUCUCUGCUGAUGGUGUGAAGGAUGAAGUGGGUGCAUGUCAGACAGAUGAAGAUGUCCAGCGGGUUGUAUGUGAUAUGCCUCUAGCAUCUGGAUGUGAUAAUGUUCUGUCUUGUGAAAAGGGAGGUAAUGACUGUGAUAAUGUUGUUGAUACUGGUGUCAUUUGUGAUGAAAGACUCGUGAAAGUGGAGGCAGAUUUAAGCUCUGAGAUGAAUCAAACUACCAGAUCAGGUUCAAACCAAACGAGCAACUCCAACAGGAUGGAAAGUCUAAAAGGCCAUGCAAAAGCAUUGGCACCUGCUGAUCAAGGUGGAAUCAAUAUGAAAGAGGAUGAAAUUGAUGCAGCUCUUUCGAAAGAAACUCUAGGGACCAACAAUGUCCUCCAUCAUACAGAUCCUCCAAAGGAGCUGAACAUACUAUUUCAAAGAUCUCAACAGCGUAAAAGUUGCACCCCUGUUAAGACUGAUCAGAGCCCACUUUCCAACAUUACCUGUACAUCACAGACAGCUGACGAUUGUGUGAGAGCUGAGGAUUGUUUGGACCCUCAUGGCAACAAUGUGAAGUCCCAUGGUGUCAGUGUCAGGCAGGAUGGCACCAUUGCCACACGAGAAGAGGUCAUCAAGACAGAAGAGCAUCAGAUGGGACCAGCAUCUGGUGAAGGAGCUCAUUUGAGAACCAGUGGAUCUGGUAUCCCAUCAUUCUCCAGUGUGGAGGAGGAACGAGACUGGUUCCAGACUCAACUGUGCAGACUUCAGACUCGAGUUGCAGACACAGAUUCUCAAGCACAAGUAAACCCUUCACCCAUGCAAGGUCCACGAGGAAUCAGUAACACCAGCAGUAUACCUUUCGACUCUCCAUCCAUGGCAUCCUACAACUUCUACAACAGUAACCUGGCCAGCUUUCCUACAAAUCUUAUACCCGAUGUCCCGAAGGUGCCAGCUACGACUCCUCGAUCCUUGGUACCCAUGGAUGACCACCUCUCGGGUAUUGCUGAGGUGACUCUUAGAAGCUCCCUGGAACAAGUCACGGCUCUGGCAGGGCCAGAAGUGAUGCAGGAAAGGCUUCAGCAGAUGGUGUUCUCAGCCAAGCAGGCCAGAGAAAAGGCCAAUGAACAAGCCAGGAGGAGGCGUGAGAAGCUGAGGAACGACCCGGCAAUGAAACAGAAGUAUGAACAGAUUAAAGCCAGAGACAUGGAACUCAAGAGACAACAACGUGCUAAAGAAGCUGAAAUAAGAACAGUGUUCCCAAAUUACAAUGAAGAGAAGAGAAUUAAAGAUAGGGAAAGGAAGAAAGUGCUUCGAAUGAGAAAAACUUCAGAUGUCACAAACAAUUCCGGCGACAUACCGGUUGUGUCUCCAUUUCCAGGGGAACCAUACCCCAGAGAAGGAUAUCAAAUAUCUACCCAAGUGUCUGCACCAUCUCUAGCAGGUAUUGGGGACCCAGCACAGAAAUGUGUGGCAUCCAUGUAUGCCAGUUACGGGGUCAACUCUCAAUAUCCUCCCUCACUGCCCCACAUCCGACCACACCAAUACCUGUCUCUCCCUGAUGGCGUCGAGUCAAGUCCAGAUAUCAAACCUGUCACAGAGAACCAUAAACUUUCCAGCCAAUGGGAUUCUGUGUAAAACCAUUCAUACACUGAUGUUAAUAAAUCUAAUAAAGGAAUAUUUUACUUUA